AUGGCGCCUAUAACAGAAUCGCCCACUAACAUGGUGUCCUCCCAGACUUUUCCUGAAUACACAGAUCCUCUACAGGAAUCAUCACCCAACAUGACUGCCAACGCCAACCCCGUGGCUAACGUCAAGGCCGCUGAGGCCAGCCGCGGUCCUUCUCCCCAGCCUACUCACUUUUCUGUUCCUCUGCCAAAUGCCACCGGCGGUAACGGUCACCGCAUUCUGCGAUCCGCCACCGUUGGCUAUAUCGCCCCUGAAUUCACUGGCAAGGCCGAGCAGAAGCAGACUGUGAAAUCCAUCAUUGAGGCUGCUGGCUUUGUCCCCGAGCCCCAAAUUGACGAGCAGAUCGAGUGGUUCUAUGAGAAGCUUGGUAUCGAUGAUGUCUACUUCCACCUCGAGACCCCUGAUGUCAUCUCCAGCCACAUCACCUCUCUCUACGCCGCCAAGGUUGCUUCCUUCGCUCGCGAGGAUAAGCAGGAGGAGAUCAGACUCGAUAUGGAGGCUAACGACCACGCCAUCUACAUCGACACCAGCGUUGCUGGUAAGACUCACGUCGCCGGCCCUCGCUACGAGGAGCGCCUUGAGGCCAAGUACAUCGACCACCCCGGCACCAGCAAGUACCGUGUUGAGACUUUCCGAUCUCCCGCUCUUCUGAGCCCCGAGUCCAAGGCCACUCUCCGAUGCUACUUCGUUUACCAGUGCCAGUUUGCUACUCCUCCUGAGCAGACCGACCCCAAGGAGACCAACCUUGACCUCAUCUCUGACAAUGGUUUCCUCCAGAAGGCCACUGCCAACACCAAGCAGAUCUACCAGGACAUCAUUGAGCUGGCUGUCAACCGAGCUGGUCCUGUCAUUGAGGUCUUCGACAUUGAGGACACAGACGAGAAGCGAAUGGUCGUUGCCUUCCGCUCCCGCACUGCCCAGGGUCUCUUCUCUGCUCUCAGUGACCUCUACCAUUACUAUGGUGUCACCUCUUCCCGAAAGUACCUUGAGCAGUUCUCCAACGGUAUCACUGUCAUGAGUGUUUACCUCCGACCUGCCACCGACACCGUCGACACCAGGGACCAGUUCCCCUCCAUGGAGGAGUCUAUUGACCAGAUCUCCAAGGAGGUCUCUCUCCUCUACUGUCUUCCCCACAACAAGUUCCACGGACUAUUCCUCGAUGGCCAGCUCAGUCUUCAGGAGUCCGUCUACGCCCACUCUGCUUGGGUGUUCGUCCAGCACUUCCUCAACCGAUUGGGUCCCGAGUACGCCUCUCUUGCUGAGCUAUUGGAUGUUAAGAACAACGCCCAGCAGGCUCUUCUCUCCAACCUGAAGCGCCGUCUCCGUUCCGAGACCUUCACUCCUGACUACAUCUACGAGAUUAUCCAGAACUACCCUGGUCUCGUUCGCGCGCUCUACGCCUCUUUCGCCAACGUCCACCUCGUCAAGGACCAGGAGGACCCCGUGAAGGUUGUUUCCUCCAGCCUGUCCGUCGAGGUCCUCUCCGAUGACGCUCUCAAGGACAAGAUCGCCAAGAACGUCAACAACGAGCACGAUGAGAUGGUUCUCACUGCCUUCCGCGUGUUCAACAAUGCCAUCCUCAAGACCAACUACUUCACUCCCACCAAGGUUGCCCUGAGCUUCCGUCUUGACCCCUCUUUCCUCCCCGACGUCGAGUACCCCAAGCCCCUCUACGGAAUGUUCCUCGUCAUCAGCUCCGAGUCCCGCGGCUUCCACCUCCGAUUCAAGGAUAUUUCCCGUGGUGGUAUCCGAAUUGUCAAGUCUCGUAACAAGGAGGCUUACGGUAUCAAUGCCCGUAGUCUCUUCGAUGAGAACUAUGGUCUUGCCAGCACACAGCAGCGCAAGAACAAGGACAUCCCUGAGGGUGGCUCCAAGGGUGUCAUUCUGUUGGAUCCCAAGCAGCAGAACCGUGCCCGCGAGGCUUUCGAGAAGUACAUCGAUAGUAUCCUUGAUCUUCUCCUGCCUGCCGAGACCCCUGGCAUCAAGAACCCCAUUGUCGACCUUUACGGCAAGGAAGAGAUCAUCUUCAUGGGUCCUGAUGAGAACACUGCUGAGCUGGUCGACUGGGCUACUGAGCACGCUCGCUCCCGUGGUGCCCCUUGGUGGAAGUCUUUCUUCACCGGCAAGUCUCCCAAGCUUGGUGGUAUUCCUCACGACGCCUAUGGCAUGACCACUCUGUCCGUCCGUGAGUAUGUCAAGGGCAUCUACCGAAAGCUUGAGCUCGACCCCUCAACCAUCCGCAAGAUGCAGACUGGUGGCCCUGAUGGUGAUCUGGGCAGCAACGAGAUCAAGCUUGGCAACGAGAAGUACACCGCCAUUGUCGAUGGUUCCGGUGUCCUUGCUGAUCCCCAGGGUCUCGACCGUGAGGAGCUCCUGCGCCUCGCCCACGGCCGCAAGAUGAUCAUUGACUACGACAUCUCCAAGCUGUCUUCUGAAGGUUACCGAGUCCUGUGCGACGAUGUCAACGUUACUCUGCCCACUGGCGAGGUUGUCAACAACGGUACUUCCUUCCGUAACACCUUCCACCUUCGCGAUACUGGCAGCGUUGACUGCUUCGUUCCCUGUGGUGGUCGCCCUGCCUCCAUUGACCUUAUCUCGGUCAAUCGCCUCAUCAAGGACGGCAAGAGUGUCAUCCCUUACCUCGUUGAGGGAGCCAACCUCUUCAUUACCCAGGAGGCUAAGCUCCGUCUCGAGUCUGCUGGCUGCAUCCUCUUCAAGGAUGCCUCUGCCAACAAGGGUGGUGUGACUUCAUCCUCCCUCGAGGUUCUUGCCUCUCUGUCAUUUGACGACCAAGGUUUCGUUGAGAACAUGUGCCACAACGCCCAGGGCGAGGCUCCUCAGUUCUAUCACGACUACGUCAAGCAGGUGCAACUCAAGAUUCAGGACAACGCUCGUCUCGAGUUUGAGGCUAUCUGGCGCGAGCAUGAGCAGACCGGUACCCCCCGAUCUAUUCUCUCCGACAAGCUCUCCGUUGCCAUCACCGACCUUGAUGAGAAGCUCCAGCACUCCGAUCUUUGGGACAAUGAGAAGAUCCGCCGAUCUAUUCUGCAAGACGCCCUCCCCCGUCUCCUGCUCGAGAAGAUUGGUCUCGACACCUUGAUCGCCCGCAUUCCCGACUCCUACCUCCGAAGCAUUUUCGGUUCCUACCUCGCCAGUCGAUUCGUCUACGAGUUCGGCAGCAGCCCCAGCCAGUUUGCCUUCUUUGACUUCAUGUCUAAGCGCAUGGCUCAGAUUGAGAACUAG